AGAAACUAACCCUUUUUAUACGCAGGUGACCCAGCAGAGGCGCGUGCCAAUCUUAUAAAUCGCACAGGUGCCAGCUAAUUGCGCACAUUGUCGAUUAGUUAAUGUCUGAUGUGUGCCGUGGGUUAAUGCUCUGCGAUUUAACUGCUGCUAAUCAAAUCGAAAACUUUUUUUUUUUUUUUGCUGCAAACAUGACUGCUAGAGCAGGAACUCCUUACAUUGGCAGUAAAAUAAGUUUGAUAUCCAAGGCACAGAUUCGUUAUGAAGGAAUAUUGUCCUCUGUCGACACAGAUAGGUCCACGGUUGCUUUAGCCAAAGUUAAAUCCUAUGGCACAGAGGACCGGCACACUGAUAAACCAGUGCCACCCAAAGAUGAAAUUUAUGAAUACAUCAUCUUUAGAGGAAGUGACAUAAAGGAUAUCACUGUGUCCGAACCACCAAAACCAUACCAUGGACUGCCCCGUGACCCUGCUAUUGUACAGUCAUCUGUUGGAAGCUCUUCUGCUGCGUAUCACCCACGCUGGAGUCCAUACAGGGACAUGAUGCCCACCUACAACCAGCUGGCUGCUAGUUCUCUACUCAACCAGCAGUACAAUGCAGCACUGGGCCUAAUACCAGGUUUUCAAGGAAUCCCAGCCAGAAGAGCUCCCACAGUUGAGCAGGCUGUCCAAACCGUGCCAUUGGCCAGUGCUGCCCAGAAAAGGGGGAAAUCCUCAACCCAGCCACAGGGCAAACAGACUGUUCAUCCAACCCAACGCUCCAGCCGGGAUGGUUCCCGGGCUCAGAAGGAGAAUAUUUCCACCGGUCGGACACCAUCCCAGCCAAGUGCAGCCAAGACUCAAGGCCAAAGCAUGGAUAACCAGAAACAAAGGCAGAAACAAGGCAGUCGCAGGUCCAGGACCCGAAGCAGAGGCCAGCUUCUUGUGAAAAACUCGAAGGCUACAACCUUGCAGUUCGAGUCAGAUUUUGAUUUUGAGACUGCAAAUGCACAGUUUAAAGAUGAUCUUACGAAAGAGGUUGUAGUUGAGAAGGUAAAUUCUGGGGAGGACCUGGACAGCCAGAGUAUGCAGGAGGAGGAAAGUCCUGGGGAUAAGUACUACGACAAAGCUAAAGGCUUCUUUGACAACGUCUCAUCAGACCUUAAGCCCAGGAGGACCACAUGGGCGGAGGAGAAAAAGUUGAACAUGGAAACAUUUGGAGUGCCUGGCCGCCUCCUGAGAGGCAGAGGGUUCAGGGGCCGAGCACGCAGAGGGCAGAGCACCACUGAGCAGCGACCCCUCCCAAAAGUUGGUAGUGGGAGGGUGUGAAGGUUUUUUUUUUUUUUUUUUUUUUUGCACUAACAUUUUCUGUAAAUAAUGAAUAUUGUAGUUUUCUACUUAUUUAAAAAGUACCUCCCUUUUUUCCACUUUUGAAGCAGUUGAAGCAAAGAUGUCUUUUUUUUUUUUUUCAUUAUCCCAAAUGUGCAUUUAUGGGAAUAUUGUACUUUGGACCUCUUCUAUUAUAUGGAAUGGGAGAAAAAUUUCUUUUAAUCCAGCAGCUGUACACCAGAAGCAAAUGUAUUCAUUAGCAGUUAGUUUGGAAACAUGCAAUGUGGAAUUUGUCUUUUGAACAGACCAGCAGGCAUGUAAUUUAAUUUUUUUGCUAAAUGUCUGUAUGUAUUAUAGUCUUAUGUCUGCUUUAUUGUUCAAAUGUAACUCCAGAUUGCUCUAGAGGAUAGUUUUCUCAAAGUUGAAAGGACAGAAAGCUGUACUUUUGUUUUUGUUUUUUUUCCCCCCCUACUUGUAAAAUGAACUGUGGAGAAACAUGUGUUUAACAGUUGCUAUUAAAUAAUGUGAUUAAUGGAAA